CAACCUUCGCCCACUUGACUCCUCCUGACCUUGUUUGACAGUACACGCAGUACCUCGAAUACAACAACCGCAUUUUCACAUCAUCAAAAUCACAAUUUCCGACCAUGACGCGCUCCAGGAAAACACCCAUCCUUCUCCUCGAUGGCACCGGCGUGGUCCCGUCCCGCAUCGCCCGCCGGCUCGCUGCGUCCUCGGCCAACAAGCACCCCCUGCUAGUUGCCUCCAUCCUCGGGGAGGACCCCAACGGCGUCAAGUUCAACCUCUACGAUUCCAACACCUGGGAGAACCCCUUUGCCCGCGCACAGGAGCUGUUUGGCAGCGACAGCGAAAUGGAGAGUGACGGCAUGAUCCACUCCAUCUACCUCACCGCGCCCAACAGCCCGCCUUCCAGCACCCACGUCCAUUCGCACUCGUCCCGCGCCUCCACCCUCGCCGCCUCAGACGAGCAACAAGAACGAGCCCCUUCCCCUUCGCCCUCCCAGCAAGCAUCUCUCCUCAUGCAGUUUGUGGACUAUGCCCGCCUCAAACACGGCACACGCCGCUUCGUCCUGCAGUCUGCCAGCGCUAUGGAACCCGGCGGCUUUUCGUUGGGGCGGGUGCAUGCGUACCUAAGGGAGCUGGGCCAGAGGGGAGAGGCCGAGUGGGCGGUGCUGAGACCGACUUGGUGCCAGCAGGAUUUCGAGCAGCCAUGCCAUGUCAAGAGCAUCAAGGAGGAGAAUAGGCUGUACUCGGCGACGAGCAGGGGCAAGAUCCCAUGGGUGUCGGCGGAUGACAUCGCGGCUGUGGCGGUGGAGGCCUUGACGAACAAAGAUGCCCCAAACACAGAGUAUUUGGUUCUGGGACCCGAGUUGUUGGGGUAUGAUGAUAUUGCAAGCAUCCUCUCCUCUGUUCUUGGUCGCAAGAUUGUCCAUGUCGACCUCAGCAGUCACGACCUUGAGCGUCGCCAGCAGUCAUUUGGAUGUUCAGAAGAGCAUUCGCGCUUGAUGAGCUCACUGGAUACGGCAAUCAAGUACGGGACGGAAAAUAGGACGAAUGAUGUGGUUCUUAGUAUGACUGGCAACAAGCCCAAGAGUUUUCGAGAGUACGCUGAGAGUGCCAAGCAUCUUUGGGUAUAGAUUGAAAGCACACAACAUGGGAAAAGGGUUAUUCAGAGGUGUGAAUACGGCACGGCUCCCUUCCUAUGUCUUUUUUGGCCCUUCUACAACAGUAU